GCCAGAGAGGAGAGCUCGAGGACAUCCCUUUUCGAGGGAGAUUCUCGCUGCUCCUUUGCCGAAUAAUUUCAAGGAGACCAACUUGGUGUAUGACGGGUCUUCUGACCCGUCGAGGCAUGUGAGGACCUUUGAAAAUAUGGCUGUGUUACAUGGAUAUUCUGAUUCUAUUUGUUGCAGGGCGUUCUUAUCGACCUUGCGUGGAGGAGCCCUUGACUGGUUUCACCAAUUGCCCUCUGGGUCGAUUGCGGAUUUUGAGGAUUUUGCCAGCAAGCUUACCAAUCAAUAUUCGAGCGCGGUGGCGCAUGAGAAAACGUAUUUGACGUUGAUGGCAAUGAGGCAGGGGGAGAAGGAGUCGUUGAGGAAGUAUGUCGCUCGAUAUAACCAGAUGUGUUUGGAGGUGCAUUCGGCUUCAGAUGAGGUGAAGGUGGGAGGAUUGAUAAGAAGUCUUCGAGCAGGGCCUUACCGAACAUCCCUGGCUAAGACCCCUGCUCGAUCGUAUGAGGAAGUCUUGAAGCGUUGCAGAAAGUAUAUUAAUUUGGAGGAAAUGGAGGUAGAGUUCGCAAAGUUGGAGGGGCCGGCUCGACCAGAGCAAAAGAAGGAGCAAACCCCACCAAGAGGGAGGUCGCCGAGGAGGAGUUCGCCCAAGAGAAGUGGGUCGAAAAAGACGUCACCAAGGAGGGAAGGUCGGGAUUCGAAGCGAGAGAAGAGGGACGAUAGGUGGCAGGGAAGGCCAUUGUGCAAGGGUAAGGAGGUCUUUUUGUUUGAAUUUGAGGAAGAAGAAGAACCAAGAGAGGAGUCCCUAUUACAUAUGGUUAAAAGCAAGAAACGUGGUCCGAAAAUGAUCACAUUCACGGCUGAAGUAGGAGGAAAAUUGGUGGAAGUGUUGGUCGAUAGCGGAUCCACGCUAAACUUCAUUGAUGAGGAGUUGUCUAAAGAAAUCGAUAUUCCAUUCACCAAGGUGAAACCUUUUGGAGUCAAGGUUGCAAACGGGGAAACACUACGAGGAGAUAUUUUAUUCAAGGGUGUAAAGUUGAAAGCUCAAGGUCAAAGGAUGAGAGUGGAUCUCUAUGCAUUGCCAUUGAAGGCAGCUGAUGUAGUGCUUGGAUGCCAGUGGUUGGAGACUCUUGGUCCAAUCACAACCGAUUAUUGGAAAGGAACUAUGGAGUUCGGGAGGUCAAGCAAGAGGGUCAAGUUGAGGACUGAGGACCCAGGCGG